AUUACCUCGAAGCCGUCACACCUGCGCUGCACUUUAGGACGGGAGCCCACGCGACAUACGUCAAAACAUUUAGCCAAAUAAGUUUUUAUUGGAACGAGUGAAUGUACUGUGUCUGAGGAUUAAGACAUCUCUACGAAAGGAUGACCAAGUUCCUACUCUUGGUUGUUCUGAUAUUGAUCGGGCCCCUCAUACCCACCGGGGCCUUUCCACGGCCUGGCGUUGACUGCGAUUACAGCCUGGAGUACCCGAGCGGCAGCAUCUGCUGUUUAAACUGUCCAGCUGGUACACGUAAGGCAUCGCCCUGCACCGGAGCAGGAGAGGAGGGGAAGUGUGAGGAAUGCGACGACGGGACGUACACCGAGCACGGCAACGGACUGAGUCAAUGUUUCAAGUGCACGCAGUGUCGCUCAGAUCAGGAAAUCAAAAGGCCGUGUACUCACGUUCAGGAUGCUAAAUGUCAGUGCAAGCCGGGAGGAUUCUGUGCCCCUGACCAAGCAUGUGAGGCGUGCAAGAAGUGCUCAAGGUGUAAGAAAGAUGAAGAGAUAGUGAGGAACUGCACCUCCACUACCAACACUGAGUGCAAGAAAAAGCAUCCCGGCCCUGCCUCUCCCUCAGCAAAUUCCUUGAUGAUUGUGCCAUCUCUACUGAUCCCUACUUUCAUCAUAAUCGGGGUGAUAAUAUUUGCUGUGUGGAGAUGUCGAAGAACAGAAUCUGUGAGAAAUCCACCCGACAGGAGGAAAGCUGGAAAGCAUGACGGUGAAUACUGUCCCACCGAAUGCGGAGAAACCCAGAGCUGCUUGAAUCUCUCCCGGACACUGGUGAGAGCCACAUCCUCAACCGGUGCAUCGGACGAGUGUAAAGCGCUGUGUGAAAGCCCCGGCAGCUCAGCCAGUAACUCCCAGCUCAGUCUAACCGGCCUCCCCCCCUCUGCCUUCCCCGCACCUCCCCCCCGAGCUGUGCCCAUGCAACCCAACAGGAGGGAAGAUGUGGAGUUCCCCACGCUUGUUGCUGUGAAUGGUGAAGUGUCUCUGAGGAAAUGCUUUGAGUAUUUUGACGAGAUAGACUACAGCCACCACAAGAGAUUCUUCCGUCGCCUCGGUAUCGUCGACAACGUGAUCAAAAGCAAAGACCACCUUUCCUAUGAAGACAAGAUCCACGAUUUGCUCACUAUUUGGGUGGAGAAAGAGGGCAGGGAGGCCACCUUAAAUGACCUGCUGAGAGCGUUGCGGGAUCUGAACCAGAGGCGGACCGCUGAGACGGUCAAGGAGAAGGCGGUUCUCAAUGGUCACUACUCUGUUGAGCGUUAAGGAGAGGUGAAUUGGUUUUGGAAGACCCUUCUGAAAACAUGUAGUCCUGCGAGCACCACUCGUGCUUCCAGCUCCUCGGUGUUGAAAGCCAAUGCCCCAAUGUAUACCGGCUGGUGCAGCAUCACACACGGUUGUGUCCCACACUGGGUGUCACAAGUGUGGUGUCUGCUGCUUGUUGGAGAAACAUUGUGUAAUCGUCCAAUUCUGGUCCAAUCGCACUGCGUUCUAACUCUGUUCUUUUGGUGAAAAUGUAAUUGCUCGAACACUUACACGAUGUGUAUCUUACCGAAGCUCCUUCAGUCCGCGCAUGUUACUGUACUGUACAGCUCUGAUGUGGGUCUUGUUUGGUCUGACUUGGCCCGAUUACGAGCCUGGUUGACCUAACACAAUGAGUUUGGUUGCUUUCUGACUGAAUGACAUGUCUUCCCUCCUACAUGGAGUGAAGUAUUUCAAGACUAAAAAUGUUUGCUGUCUUGUUUACAAAGACCGCUUAUUUAUUUAAGUUCAAAUGAGCCCAGAACUCCCAACAUGUCUAUUGUUUCACAUAGUGCUUCAUUAGGCCCUAUUUAUCAUUUUGUUCCUCAGGAUGCAUUUUAUUUAUUCUCACAAAUAUAACUAUCCGUCCUCGGUAAUGAAUGUCUUAAUGAUAUCUCUAGGCUGUUAAACAGAGAUCAAAGGUAUAGCUCUGAAGGUAGUAAGCUAAGUUUGGUUUCAUUCAUUAGUGUCUGCUCUGCCUGACUAUUGUAUACAUCAUGAUCAUGGUUUAUUAACUUUCUCAAAGCGCCUGAACAAAGUGGAUGUGAUUAUUUCUCCUGUCUGCGUUGCAUUUCUGGUCUAUUGUUACAGGUCUGUCAUAGUCCUGAUCACAACACUGAGGUUUACUAAGUGCCCUGUCUGGCAUUUUAUAGAGAUGUUAGUCACAAUGUUACAUUUUACUUUUCUUAUCUGUAGCUUUUGCUCUCAUUCUCAGGGCCUGUUUGUUUUCUUUUUAGAGAAUAAUUACGACUUUACAGGCUCUCGUAUAUCAAAUUCAAAACGUUUGCUUGAAAAGAAAUACAACUCGAAUGUGUACA